AUGGCCCCAAGUGACCGCGGAGAGAAUGACAGUCAUAUGGCAGUGGGAAAGCCGCUGCUUCCACCGACGUCGGGCUCUUCUUCAUCUUACACGCACCAGCACGACGAGUUCGGCGAACCUAAGAAUAAGAAGCGGGCGAAAUCAAUCGACAUUGACGAGGCAAACCAGCCGAGUAUCGCAAAACUAAGUCUAUACACCCCGACAACGGCACGAAGCGACGGACCGCGAGAAUUGAUUUGUCUGUGUGCUAAGGCACCGAAGGUACCUAGACCACGGAAUGCAUUCAUUCUUUAUCGACAAGCCUGGCAAGGUCACUUCGCUGCCCAGCAUCCGGGCCUUGCCAAUCCAGAAAUAUCUAAGCUUAUUGGCGAAAAGUGGCGUGAGCAACCCGAGAGUGUGAAGAACGAGUGGAAGCAACUUGCAGACGAGGAAAAGAUCCGUCAUCAGCGUCAGUAUCCCGGGUACCGUUAUCAGCCCCGACGAGGAGGCAAGAAUAGUAGCGGAAGACCAACAUCUUCGAGCGGAGACGCCCCCGGACGCUGUCCCAAGUGCGGUGGCCGUUAUAUUGCCACCCCUAGAACACCUACAACCCCCUUCAGAGUCGCGUCUCCUCCAUCGUCGAAACGCCCAACGAAUAUGCAACAUUAUACGAACGUGGAUCAUCAGAGGCAUGACUAUCAGAGGCACGGAUCCAUUUCAGGUGGCAGUAUGCAAGUAGACCCUCAUGCCCGCCGAUAUACACAACCACAACUCAGAGAUAUCGAGGAGGAUUAUUCUGCAAUGUCGCCCAUAGCUGCACCUCAUCCUGGAAUGCCGCCUGAUACGAAACGGCGGCGAUACAACGGUCCUCCAGUCUAUGUGCCUGCAUCUCCACAUAUGGGUUAUGCGCCCGUUGACCCUCGAUAUCAGCAGCAUCCAGCAAUGGGAGGACCGCCGGUGUCAGCAACCGGCUACGGCCCAGGACAUCUUCCGCGGGCUCCUCUACAACAUCGUCCAGGACACUACGCAGGCCACACGGCGAACACUCACAUGCAGCCUCCACCACCGCCACGACCAUCCAUGUCUUACCAAGCGGUGUCAACUCCCAAUCACCCAAACAGUGGGUUUGACGAGUCACUCAGACUUCCACCUCUACAGGCGCAGGUAAAUGAAUCUCCAGUGGCGAGCACAGAACCAAGCACAAGACAGACAAUGGUGCCCGCGCACCCACAGCAAACUUCUAGUACUGGCUUAACUAUAGCCAACCAGGCAAGUGGCUCCGUACGACAGCAGCAACAGCCACAGGCCCCUCCACCAUCAGCGUCCUCAGUGCCGCAGAAAUGGACAUUCCUCUUUAAGCUUGACGUACUGCGUUCCAUUAGCCCUCCCCUGCGACCACCUGGCCAAGGGGGUCCCCACUUCGAUACGCGGGGACCGAUCAUCGCUGUGGAGGGUGCGCCGACGCAGAUGCUGAAGGAUGUGGCGGCGGUGAUCGAAAGGGCACUAUCAGUAUCGGCCGAGUUUGCUGUGAGGGUCUGGUCUGAAGACACGAGCACCACCAUCGCGCACUCGAGCCCGGAACCACAUGCUAGCAGCAGUGGCAGCUCCGAGGCCAACAAUAACAAUAAUAAAGAGGGAGGUGUACAUGGAGGAAACACCGCGGCAUUGCAGAAGAAAUCCUCGUCGCUGAUCAGCCCCAUCGCGAACUAUGUCGCGCGCAUACUGAAGUGGCACAAGACCUCCGAGGAUCUCAUACGGUACAUCACAAGCUUCCCGCCUGAUCAACACGCUAGCGGAAGCAGUGAUGGCAAUGGUGCUUCGUCAAUAGCGUCCCCUUCCAAUCAUGCCUCCUCGCCGUCCCACAGGCUACCAGUCGCCAUCAUCUCAGAUGGCUACAGCCUGACGUUUUCAGACCGGUACGCCAGUGCGCUACACGUCAACGAUGCGUACCGCCCCGACGACCACUGGCAAUGGGUGGCGACAAUGUGGCGCGGCGUCGUGGGUGCCGACCUCACCGUCUACGUUAAGAGGCCUGCUGACGACGGCCCUGGUAGCGGAAACGGGGCCGGGAGUGUUGAGAUUGCGUGCCCCGGCGUCAUGGUCCUCCGCGUGCCUGACGCGGGACGCGUCGAUGAAAAGCUCGAGCGACGGCUGGGGUUCGAGAUUGCUGAGUGGGUUCGUGGUGGGAGUUUCACGACUGGCUUGGGGAAGAUGUGA